CUGGCAUAAACGCUCUAUGCUCUUGCUCUAUCUAUACAUAUAUAGGAGUUACAUACUUAAUAUCAUGACAUUCGGAAUUAGAGCAUUUUCUAAGCUUGUCGUGCCUAUUGUUGGCAACGUAGUUUGUUUAUCAAGGGCUCAAUUAAGCAGUGUGAAAAUGGCAGCUAGUAAUCCGGAUUAUAAAAGCGCAACUUCCAUUCACGACUUUACGGUGAAAAACAUAAAGGGGGAAGAUGUAAAACUGGAUGUUUACAAGGGCCAUGUUUGCGUGAUAGUAAAUGUUGCAUCGCAGUGCGGUUUGACCGCUAACAAUUACAAACAACUCAACGAACUUUACGAACAAUACGCGGAAAGCAAAGGUCUGCGUAUUUUGGCGUUCCCUUGCAACCAGUUCGCCGGCCAGGAGCCGGGAGACCCAGAGGCUAUUGUGUGCUUUGCUAAAGAUCGUAAAGUAAAAUUUGAUUUAUUCGAAAAAAUUGAUGUCAAUGGUGACAAUGCCGAUCCUCUGUGGAAGUUCCUGAAGUAUAAGCAAGGAGGCACCCUCGGCAGCUUCAUCAAAUGGAACUUCACCAAGUUCAUCGUUGACAAGAAUGGCAUUCCCGUUGAGCGCCACGGCCCCAACACGGACCCUCUUGACCUUGUGAAAUCCCUGGAGAAGUACUGGUAACUUGGAACUAAUGUAGCUAAGAUAAAAUGAUCCAUAAUAAGAAAGUUUAUAAUAAAAAUGAUAGCAAGGAGAGGGAAUUUUAUUACUUUUUCUUUGGGACUUGUUCUGUAAUGUGUCCCAUUGUCUUAAAUAAGGUAAACUCUAGGAUGAAUCGGGUUCUAAGGUUCAACAACAUGUCCACUGGAUGUUUUUAUGACAUGUUUCAAGUUAAUCUGAACAGGAUUAUUUAUUUUGGGCCUUCUUGACUCUAAGAUUAAAGAUUGUUUAACAUUUCAGAUGCACCUGUCAAGAAUUUGUCAUUUAUAUGUCAAUCAUCAUAAUAAAUACAUGUUAUAAUUGAAAAUAUUAUAGAGCACCUGCUCCUAAGCAUAUGAGAGGAUAACAUAAAUGCUACUUUUUUUUUUUCAAUAAAUUAUGGAGCAAAUCAUUAUUCUCGUUAAGUCUUACUACAUCAUUCUACUUAUGUUUGUCAUGUUGGUUAAAGUGGCAUGUUCAUUUUGAUACAUGAUGUGAAACAUGUUCACCCGUCAAUGUUAUCAGUCAAUAUCUUCUCACCUUGAAAGUGUAAUCAUUAAAGUGCCUAACAACCCAUACAAUGAAUUUCUUAUAAACAUGCUUUGUUUUGAGUGAAAUAAUAUAUAAACACGGUAUACUUAUAAAAUAGAGUUAAGGGGCUUAGCAUUUUGUAUAAUCAAUAAUUAUCUUUAUCUAAGAUACUAUCAUGGCACAGAUAAAGAAAAUUGUCUGAAAUUAGUUUAUUCAUAUUAUUACGGAUUUGUUGUACUACACUACACCUUGAAUGACUUGCAUUUUUUAUUGUCUGUGAUUGGCAUGCCAUGAGAUCACUGUUUGUAAUAUUUUUCUAGUGCUGUGAAAUCAAAUGUUUUUAUUAAAUAUAUUUUUUUGUUGA